AUGAUAUCAAGACUUCUUAAGCUUUGGAAAGGACAGAUGAAUAAACCAAUCAAGAAACCUAUAAUAAGUAUUGUUGGUACUACAGGUGUCGGCAAAUCCCAAUUUAGUAUUGAAUUGGCGAAAAAGAUCAAUGGUGAAGUCAUCAAUGCUGAUUCCAUGCAAGUGUACAAGGGUGCUGAUAUCAUAACCAACAAACACCCCAUUGAGGAGCGUGAAAAUGUGCCUCAUCAUGUUAUGGAUCAUGUUGAUUGGAGUGAGGAAUACUUUAUUCAUAGAUUCAACAAAGAAGCUAAUCAUGCAAUUAAUGACAUUCACUCGCGUGGAAAGAUCCCAAUAAUUGUUGGUGGAACACACUAUUACCUUCAAACACUACUUUUCAAUAACAAAACUAUGGAAAAUAAGAAGGAGAGGGAGUUGACCAAAACUGAAAUUGAGUUAUUGGAUGGUCCUACUAACCUUCUAUUUGAAGAAUUACAAAAAAUAGAUCCAAUUAUUGCCGAAAAAUUUCAUCCUCAAGAUCACAGAAAACUACGACGAGCAGUGGAGAUUUGGUACACAACUGGCCAAAAGCCGUCAGAUUUGUAUAUCGAACAAAAAUUGGAUGAGCAAGAGCAAAGUUCAUUAAAGUACAAUACUUUGGUGUUUUGGCUAUACUCGGACCCAAAAGUGCUACAAAAUCGAUUGGAUAAAAGAGUUGAUAAGAUGAUGGAGACCGGUGCUGAAAAGGAGAUUGAUGAGUUGUUUCAACAUUACUCAAACAACAAUUGUGAUUGCACGAGUGGGAUAUUCCAAGUUAUAGGAUUCAAAGAAUUCUUACAGUGGUUGGAAAACAACAAACAAAACGAAACAGAUUUUGCUCAUGGGCUUGAACGGAUGAAGAUAAGGACCCGACAAUAUGCUAAGUAUCAAGUCAAAUGGAUUCAGAAAACUUUGCAUCUUGAACUACAAAAAGAGGCAAAAUUUGACUAUGUUAAUGGAGGAAGAUUGUAUAUUCUUGACGCAACUGAUUUAUCUGAAUGGGAAGAUAACGUAUGCAAUCGCGGACUAGCUAUUGCAGAGCAGUUCUUCCAACAAAAAGUGACAUUACCUGAGACCCCUGGGCACUUAGCUGGACUUCUCACAGAGAAAACAAAUUUGAAAAGCAACAAAGUUAUUGGCUCAGAACAAAGGUGGAAGCAUUUCAAAUGUGAUGUUUGUAAAGAUAAGAACGGAGACCUGUUUGUGGCAGUAGGAGAAGACAGUUGGUCACGUCAUUUGAACAGUCGAAGGCACAAGAAAAAUACAAGUGCAAGUGGUAAAAGAAAACAUGUAGAGGAGAUGAUUCGUUUGCAUAAGAAGCAAAGUUAA